AUGUUCUUGGGAUCGUUGACUGCUGCAAAUGCACUUCUCUUUACUGAGCCUUGUUCAUUCAACUCGUUAAUUCGUGAAGUGGUUAUUCUCCUUCACUCCACAUUCCGCAACACUAGCCUAGGGGUGAAGACGUUGACUCGUACUCAUCUCUUCGUUGAUGCCAGUCUUGCCGUCACGGUAAGGGUUGCAUUGUGCCCUCUGCCCGAAGGCUCUUUUCUGGCCUUACCUUUCGAAGACUUCCUCCUCGGAUCUCCCGGUCUCCUUUUCCCAGCAUUCGAACUAUUGCUUCACGCUGAUCCAUUCAUUAAUCGUUACAACUCUUCCGUCGUUCAUUCUUCCAAUACACUAAUACCACGACUGUCACUCUCUUAA